AGCUGUGUCCAAUCACAGCUGAUUACAUGGGACAUGAUCAGUGUAGCCCCAGCAGUGCCACCGGUCAGUGUCCAUCAAUACCACAUAUCGGUGCCUACCAGUGCACAUCAAUGCCACAUAUCAGUGCCCAUCUGAGCUGCCUUUCAGUGUCACCCAUCAGUGCCAGUCAGUGCCACCUAUCAAUGCCUAUCAGUGCUGCCUUUCAGUGAUGCCUGUCAAUGCCCAUCAGUGCCAUCUAUCAGUGUCCAUCAGUUCCCGUCACUGCAGCCUCAUUAGUGCACAUCAGUGAAGGAGAAAAAUCACUUAUUUACAAAAUUUUAUAACAAAAACUAAAAAAAAAAGUUUUGUUUUUUCAGAAUUGUCAGUGGUUUUUGGUUU